AUGUGCGGCAAAGGGAUAGUGAAAAAGGUGUGUAGCAGCAUCACCAAACGCAUCGUUGCAUCAGUGCUGUCGAAGAUCGAAAAGCUCCUUCUAGCCAAGGUAGACGAAGAGAAGGAAAAACUCGACCAAGUGAUAGAAACCAUGGAGCAGAAGUUUCUAGAACAGCUGAAGAAGCUAGAAGCCGCUGCUGAUGAAAUUGCAAAGAAGGUAGAGGCGGGGGUCAAGGAGGUGGGAAAUGCUGCAGACAACGCAAAAAAAGAGAUCGUUAAUGGGUUAAACAAGGGGUCACACGAGAUAGGCCAAGCUGUAGACGCCGCGAAAAAUGAGAUUGUAGUAGGGAUAAAGGAGGGUGCUCACAAGACGGGGGAAGCUGUGGAAGCCACCAAAAAAAUGAUUGUUUUAGGGUUAGAGGAGGGGGCGCGCGAGGUGGGCCAUGUCGUGGGCCAGAUAAAGGAGGGGGCUCACAAGGUGGGGGAAGCUGUGGAAACCGCGAAAAGGGAGAUUGUGGGGGGGAUAAAGGAGGGGGCUCGCGAGGUGGGUGAAGUUGUGGGGCAGAUAAAGAAGGGGGCUCAUGAGGUGGGCGGGUUCGUGGAAGGCGCGAAAAGUGAGAUUGAGGAGGGGAUAAAGAAGGGGGCUCAUGAGGUGGUGGAAGCUGUGGAAGCAGUGAAAGAUGAGAUUGUGGAGGAGAUUAAGGAACAGGCUCACAAGGCGGGGGAAGUUGUGGACCAUAUAAAAGAGGGGGCACAUAAGGUGGAAGAAUUUGUGGAAGCAAAGAAACAUGAGCUUGAGGAAGGGGUUCACGAGCUUGCAAAUAAAGUGAAGAGGUUAUUCUAG